AUGAAUACCUCUCAGAUAGAGCCGGUUGCCCGGUUCCAGCAGUUACUCAAGGCGAUGCAAGAGGUGAGUUUUAAAUUAAAGACAGCUAGACCAAAACUUCAACCUUCAGGUGUUUAUUCAAACCUUACCGAGUUGAGAAACGAGUCAUACGAGCACAUUAUUAACCUUUACAAGGAGGCAGAAGAUGCUCUUUCGGUGUUGGAGUACGAAUUAUUACCAACACCAUCCGAAAAUCACGAGGAAAUUGCGUACAAAGUGAGGUAUUUGAAGGAAAGAUACUCAGACAUAAAGGUGGAGUUUAGGGAGGCACAGCUGAAGUCUAAAACACUCGAGAAGGAUACGAUACAGAAUGAUAUUGAGCGGAGAUUGCAGGAGGAGAAAGAUGGGUUUAAGGGAAAAGAUGAAGUCACAGAUACAGAUGCAAACAGUUCAGGUUCGUUUUUGGAUGAGGAAAAGCUUAAUGAGCUCACAAAGCAGGAUCAGCUUCUAGAGAAGAACAAAAAGAUUACAUCAAAGCUUCAGAACAUUAACACGAUCAUGCAUGAAUCUGUUUUGUCUGGUGAAAAGAACUUGCAGGAUUUAUCGGGUUCUACAUCCUCUAUGGCAUCCUUAUCAAACAAGUAUGGCCAUUUUGCAGAAGUACUAGUGAAGACCAAUGGGUUGGUGAAGGCAAUAAACGAGUCAAGUGAUGCCGAACGAAGGCAGAUAUACAGAUCAAUAUACUUUUUCAUAUUUGUCUGCUGCUUCAUCAUAUACAAGCGAAUAUUAAAACGGCCUGUGCAUUUGUUCUUGUGGCUUUUCUUCAACUUCUUCAGAUAUACAAUGUUGGGAGGAAAGAAGAUUGGAUUUUUCGGAGGAAAUAGGAAGGAAACAUUGAAUUAUGUGACAGCUUCAAUAUCUGCAUCUGCUAGUGUUUCUGGUGUUACUUCUAGUGCUAUCUCUAGUGUUACUUCUAGUAUUCCUUCUGGUAUUACCUCCAGUGUUAUUUCCAACAAUUCUUCGUUGAGCGACACCAUUUCGAAAAUAGCGGAAAGCGUAUCAAGUAUAAGCAGAGAUGAGCUUUAG